GAAAGUGGGCCUAGAUAAUUAAAAAACACCGGGUUCGGGUCAAAAUAACGCAAUCCAAGCCCUCCUCAUCCCAACACUUCACUCACACACUUUUUCUCUCCUCUUCAUCUUUCUUCUCCCUCUCUCUUUCUCUCUCCUCUCCUUCGAAUCAAGCUUUCAUUAAUGGCGGCCGAACUACAGCCUCCUGGAUCAGGAACCCAACUCACAACCCUUCUUCCCGGAGCAUCAGCAGCAGCACCUCAGAAUGUCCCACCUUCAUCGACCACCGAACCCAACCCCGGCUCAACUCUAGCCCCUAAACGGCACCGGCGACCCAGUGUCCGAUUAGGCGACAUCGGAGACCAACCCGCCACUCUUCGGACCUCCAGACCAUGGCGGCUCAACCCCAACUCGCACCCACAUCGAGAACAUCAUAACCCUAAUAAAUCCUCCAAGAUUCGCCCGUUAACUAAUCUUGUUGCCCCCAUUAAUGGAAAUUUCGAUUACUCCUCCGCGGAAACCACCGCAACCGCCGCAACAACCAACAAUAACGGGGUAGUUUCUCACCGGAAGUUUCCGAAAGAGUUCAAAUCUAAGAGGGCUACUAGUACUAACAGUUCGAAGAGGGUUCGAACCAAUUUGAGGGUUGAAGAAGAUGUUGAGGAGGAGGAGGAGAGAGAAAAUGGAGGAGGUAAUAAUAAUGAUUUUAAUGAAUUUGAUGAGGAUAUUGAUGAAGAUAUUAACAAAAAUAAUAACAAUGGGGAAGAAGGGUUUAGAGAUUUCGACCCAGAAAUUGAUGGGCCUGAAAGCCCAAUUAACUCAGGGGAUGAUGUUGGGGUUAAUCUAGAUAUUUGGCAUGCUCAUAAUCGAAGGUCAAUUAGAGCAACUAGGGUUUCAAAUUCGCAGCAAGAAUUGGGGAUGGAAUCGAAUUCUAGAAACAGAGGAAGUGGAUUGGAAGAAGGGGUAAGGAAAUGGCUGGUGGAAUUGGGGUUGGGACGAUACGCCCCGGUUUUCGAAAUUCAUGAGGUUGAUGAGGAGGUGUUGCCAUACUUGACCCUUGAUGAUCUUAAAGAUAUGGGGAUAAAUGCAGUUGGUUCUAGAAGGAAAUUGUAUUCUGCCAUUCAAAAUCUCAGGAAAGGUUUAUCUUGACUCUUCAAUUUUACUCAAUUAUAUCAACUUUGUUGUUGCUCACUUUUUCUGUUGUAAUAUUUCCAAGUUUUUCUUCUUUUUUCUUUAUAGUAAUCCGUUGAUAAAUAAUAAUGAUGAUAGUAAUAAUGAUUUCAAUGCAAGAAUCUCUUUUUUGGCGCAAUUGAUGUUUGCAGGGUGGUUGUUAUGUCACAUUGUUUUAGUAUUUGUCUUGCAUUGAUUGAUUGGUAGAAGUUGAGAUGGAAUGAAGUUCAUUCUUAUUGUGGAAAUUCGCUUACCGGUUUUUGACUUGUCUUUUUUGCUCUAUUUUGGGAUUCACCUUUUUGUUUAAGCAUCAUUAUUCAGGAAUUUGCGCUUUUGUUGAAUCGGGCUAUGUAAUGCCCACUUGAUGUUUGUGAGUUUUGAUUAGUGAGCUUGCUGCAUUUUUUUUUUGGUGCAAUGAGAUGUUUGGUACUUAGUAUACUGUAAACUCUUAUGUUUUCUGUACAGUUUAGUGACUUCAGCCAAAUUCUGAAUGAUUGUGAUGAAUGAUUUUACCUGUUUAUAUUGCCUUUGAGUUGAGAACAGAAGUAGGUUAUGAAGUGCCGAUUUGCUAUAUGUAUAACUCUUAUACCCUGUCUUCCUAGAAGAUCAAAUGCUGCUGCUUGGUGCUGUGCCUUAUAUGAUAAGUUAGUGCAAGACUGCCUAUCAUCAACAAAACUGUCUUUGAAACACGAUAUUUGAGUUUCAGUUCUUUGGGCAAUGCCUGUAUACUUUGAAAAACUGUCAAUAGUUCUUUGAAACGCGAUAUACUGUCAAAUGUGUCAUAUGCAUAUGUCAUUUGUAUGAUCAAGUUAAUUUUUAUUUUAAUUGUGGUUUCUUUUGUUUUCUCUCGGCUAUAACAUUUGGAAACAGAAGAAUUCAGUUAACAAAGGCUUCCAAUUUGACGUUAUGCUAUCUAAUCGUUUCUAAGUUGUAUGGUCAUUCAAGAUGCAACGUUAAAGUAGGAUUUUUGUUUUAUUUUAUUUUUAAGUAGGAAGGGAGAAAACUUCUCUCCUAUCUGUAAUGAUAUAUGCUGAAGAUCUUCUUCAAACUUCUUUGUGAUGCCUUAAUUUACGACAAUGUAGCUGCUAUUAAACAUUUACUUCUUACCUCUGAUAGACGGAUAUACCUAGUAUAGCUAUAAAUCCUGAAAAUUGUUGCUCGUUUUCUUAUUAGCUUAAUUGAUAUAAGAUAUACGUCGAAGAUUUUAUUCAAACUUCUCUGUGAUGCCUUAAUUUAGGACAAUGAGGUUGCUAGUGGACAAUUACCUCUCUGAUAGACCUAGUAAUAGUUAUCAAUCCUGAAAAUUGUUGCUCAUUGUCUUAUUACCCUAAUUGAUAAUAGAUAUAUGCUGAAGAUCAUCUUCAAACUUCUCUGUGAUGCUUUAAUUUACGAGAAUGAGGCUUCCUCUUACCUUUGAUAGACCUAGUAUAGUUAUUAAUCCUGAAAAUUGUUGCUCAUUGUCUUCUUAGCCUAAAUGAUAAAAGAUAACAGCAUCCUGAAAGUUAAAAGCUAUCUAUUCUGUUCAUAUUGUUUUGCAUGUUGUCCAAGAUGAAGCAAUGCAUGAAUGCAUGAUGUGAUCCUUCUAAAAGGUUAUUGUUUCAAAAUUGAGCACAAGCUAGUUCUACGGGAACCAUUUACAUCAGUUAUCCAAUAUACUUGUCAUUGCAGGUAAUUAGUCCCAUACCUGUAUUGAAAUCUUGGCACAUGGUUCUUUCAGCUGCCAAUAAUGGGAGGUGCAUGCAAUGUUCUAUGUUUGUUAGUAUUGGUACAUUCCUUUGUGUAAAUCAUAUGUGCAGGCAAUUCACUUCAUAAUGAACUUAUGCUAAUUCUUCUGAUCCGUUUACAGUUUAUUCUACUGAUGCCUAAUUAUGGCUGUAUAGUUGUGUAAAAUAGAAUAGGUAUCUAGUUUGUAUGAUUCACAAUUAUGUUCUGCAUUAUCUUAGAAUCAGUAAUACAAAAUUUAUCCCUGACGAACGGUUUUCACGUA